AUGGAUAACAAGGAGCAAAGUGAGAGAUUGAAGAACUAUGAAGCUGAAUACGCAAAUUACUUGAAAGCUAAGUACUUCUCGGAUAAAGAUAUCUAUGUAGGUAAAUUUUUUGAAGAGAAGACAAUAGACAGAAUGACUAUCAGGGUAAGCAGAUCUUAUGAGGAUCUUGUUGGGUAUUGGAAUGAGAAGUACGCACCAUUUACAGAGCCUUACAGCCUUCAACCGAAACAACAACAACCAACCCUUCGAAAGGAACCACUCCUCUAA